UGAUGCAGAUGAGUCCAGUGCCAACUCUACCCUCGCAGUGCCACCACGGCGGGCACUCAGGCUCCCAGGGCAGUGCCGCCACCUUGCACUGCACCAUAGCGAAACAGUGCCACAACAACCAGCAGCGCCAAAGAAUAACCCUCUCUUUGGCACUGCACCCUAUCAGAACAGUGCCACAAAGACCCGAGUAUAAUCCUAUGGCACUGUAACUAUCAUCACCUUUUGAAAACAGUGCCACAGUAAUCAGCAGUGCCAAAGAAUUAACCUUUUUUUGGCACCGUAAACAAGCAAAACAGUGUCUCUCUGAAAUCAACAGUGCCAAAUUAAAAUCCUUUGGCACUGUAACUGUCACCACCUUGAAAACAAUUCCACUAAAACCUGCAGUGGCAGAGUGAUCCUCCCUUUGGCACUGUAACCACCGCCAUUUAGCAAAACUGCCACUGAAACCUGCAGUGCCAAAAUAUAAUCCCUUGGCACUGUAACCACCACCUUGCAAUCUGGCACCCUUUGAAAACAGUGCCACAAAACAAGCAAUGCCAAAGUAUAAACCCUUGGCACUUUAAUUAAUGGCCAUAGAACAGUGACAAAACUGGCACUGUAGGACACCAAACAGUGCUAUAAAUCAAGAACAGUGCCUGACUUUUUUGGCACUGCUGCUGUGUCUUCAGUACCACACGUUCUUUCUCCUACCACUUUUUUUCCGUGCCUUACCAUCGAGGACAGUGCCAGGACAGUGCCAAGGGACAGUGCCAGGGGGGUGCGAGGGGAGUGCCAAGGUAAACAGUGCCGCAGUGAAGGGGUGGCACUGAAGGGUCACAAAAGGAGGGACUUCAAGGUCAAAUAAGAAAAUGUUGUCUCGUUUUUGUGAUUGUUUUGGUGAAGGUGGCGGUGGUGGUGGUGGUGGUGGCGGUGGUGGUGAUGGUGGUGGUGUGAGUGAUACUUGCCCAUUUGUUUGUUAGCUUUUCGUCUGAUUUCUUUUUUUUUUUUUUGUUUCGUUGCUUUUCGUUUUCUUUAUUUCAUCUUCUUUUGUUUUUGCUUAUUUCUUAUUCAUCUAUUUUCUGUUUUUCUCUUGUUUAUAAAUUUCUGGCUUCAGUUUAUAGCUAGUCUCUCUCUCUCUCUCUCUCUCUCUCUCUCUCUCUCUCUCUCUCUCUCUCUCUCUCUCUCUCUCUCUCUCUCUGAAACAACACAAAUUUUGUUACAUUCCUUACUACUACUACUACUACUACUACUACUACUGCUGCUGCGCGUAUAGCUUUAUUCAGCCAUCACCGUCACAACCACCAACUGAAGAAGUUAAGUUUCCUCCACAAAUGAGAAGUAAAGAAAAUAAGGUGAGGGUUGCAUCCCUCUCCUCCUCCUCCAUCAUCAAGAAGAGGUAGCAGUUUCUUCACCACUACUACUGCUACACCUACUACUUACUACUACCACCACCACUGUUACUGCUGCUACUACUACUGCUACUGCGGCAGGAGAAGUGUGACUGGCUGCUUUCAUCCACGCUCGCCAUCCAAUCAGGAGCAUGGCGCCGCGCCGCCAGCCGGCCACGCUGCAGCAGCAGUGUGUGAAUCACCUGGCCUGUCGCCUCGACCACCUGUGUGACCAGCACGCCCACGCCCACACCCACGCUCACCUGCUGGCCGCCGCCGCACACCUGGACGCCGUGCUGCCCACUGCCCUACAGGCUGCCAUAGGAGAGGAGGUGCUGGUACUGACGGAGGCGCGGCAGGUGACGCCCUCCCCGGCCCACGUGCGGGUGCUACUGCUGCUGCGGGCGCAGCGGCUGUCUGCCAGCGGGUCUGUGGUGCAGAGCGGCGUGCUGGAGGAGGGCGCUGACGGCUCGCACCUGGAGGCCCUCACGCUGCUAUACGGAGGCUGCGGGGGGCGCGCCGCGCACCUGUACAGCUUCCUGCACACUGCGGCGGCGCUCACCACGCUGGUGUGCACUGACUUCUGCGACAAUACCAUGAUUGACAUCGUGGCGCGGACCUGCCCACGCCUGCACCUGCUUGACUUGCGCGGCUGCUACGACGUGACGGACGAGGGCGUGGUGCUGCUGUGCGGGCUGCAGCAGGGCCUGCGAGGUAGCCUGGAGGCGCUGGGGCGCGGGGACGUGUUGCGGCCCACGGCGCCGUGCUGCGCGUCGCUGCGUGAGAUCAAGCUGACCAUGACCAAGGUGACGGAGGCGGGCGUGGCCAUCAUCCUGCUGGUGCUGACGGACAUCCACAUACUGCGCGUGCCUGACGUCAGGAUGGAGAAGCUGUUCAGCUUCCUGCAGACGCUGGACCACAAGGACGUGCAAUGCAACCUGCGGGAGUUCCAUUCGCGCGAGAUCCUCAACGAGUUCCAGCUGGAGGUGCUGGUGGGCCUGUGCCCCAACCUGGAGUACUUGCAAGUGUCCUUCACCGGCAGCCCCGACAUGGACCUGGCGCGCCUGCGCCUGCUGCCGCGCUUGCAGAAGCUGCGCCGCGCCAAGUUCGCCGACGUGAACUGCGAUGCCCUGGAGUGGUUCCUGCGCGAGGCGGGGGCGCGCCUCACGCACCUCUUCCUGUACACCUACCACACCAGGUUCUCGCAGCAGAAGUUGAGCAUCAGCCGCCGCCACCUGCAGGUGCUGGCCUCGCACUGCCCACACCUGGAGGGCUUGUGUCUGGACGGCUACAUUCUGGGCGAGGACGGCGACCUGCCGCACCGCCUUCCGCAGGGCAACCUGCACUACUUCCGGGAGCUGACCUGUCUGCAGGUGGCCUCCAUGAAGCUGUCCGAGGAGGAUCUGCAGGUGUUCCUGGCGCAAAGCCGCGACCUGCGCGUGCUGGAGCUGGUGCUGCACAACCCGCACGUGCUGCAUGACCGCCUGCUGUGUGACCUGCUGGACGCCGGCGUGUGGACCAAGUUGGCUAAGAUCCGCGUGCUCAACUCCCCGCUCACCAGCCGCGCCCUGGCCCGCCUGGUGGCCGAGUGUCCGCGCCUCAGGGAGCUGGGCUGCCUCUACACGUGGCUGGUGCCCAAGGAACACGUGGCGAAGUUCAAGCACAGCGUCAGGAGGCAGAACUUUGACAUCGAGAUCUACUAGUGCCGGACUCGCUUACCUCGCUUCGCCUUGUCUGACCUCACCUCUCCUCACCUGGCGUGACCUACAGUCUUUGCGAGGCGUGCCAGGUGACGCGCGCCGCCUGUGACCCCAAAGUGACCUCUCUGUGAUGCCUGGAGUGCCUGGGGGGACGUUUUGAGGACCCCCUUUUUUUCCUCUCCUGGGGGCGACGUACAAGAUUCUCAGUAGUGUUAUUGUUACUGUUGUUGUUUUGUUGUUCUCGUUGUUGUUUUCUCUUCGUUAGGGCCACCGUGGGGGAGAAAAGGGAGGGAAGGAACACACACACACACACACACACACACACACACACACAGACACACACACACACACACACACACACACACAGACAGACACACACACACACACACACA